UCGCGGACCGCGGAGGACUAGUGCGGAGUGCGCGGACCGCGGCGGUGACCGAUCGGGUGCUGCCAGCGGCAUACACAGAACACCGGUGCUGCAGGGGCGUGUCGGAGCCGGUGCCAGUCCGUAGCAUUCAUUGGUCAGGGUCGGUGAUGUAGUGACCCGGCCGCGUCCUCGCCAUGGUGGAGAAGGUCGCACCGGCUGGCGACAUCUCUGCCCGACCGCCGCUGCUGCUGCUCCUGCUGACAGUGCUGCUGCUGUUGCUGCUGUCUCGGACAGCGGCCGCCAAAGGUCCGCCGGUGCGCGUGCAGCCGGUGUCGGCGCACCUAGUGGCGCGGCUGGGCGGCGCGGCGCGGCUCACCUGUCCCGUGGCCGGCUCGCCGCCGCCGCUGCUCGAGUGGCGCAAGGACGGCGCCCAGGUGCUGCCCGGCUGGCGCCGCUUCAGCCGCCAGGGCAACACACUGCACGUGGCCCGUCUGACGGCCGACGACGCCGGCGUCUACGUGUGCGUGGCCGUCAACGGGUUCGGCACCGAGCGCGUCACCACCGAGCUGUUCGUCAUCGACCCGGAGACGAGCGGCGCGCCGGCGCUGUCCGGCGGCGGCGAGGGGCCGGCCGAUAACCUGCUGACGUCCGUCCACGGGCCGCCGGUGAUCCGGGCCUCGCCCGACCACCCGGACCGGAGGGUGCGCGCGCCGCUCGGCUCGCGGCUCCAGCUCGGCUGCGCCGCCGACGGCCACCCGCCGCCCCAGCUCAAAUGGUACAAGGCGGGUCGGCCGGUGCUGCCCAGCACUCGGCUCUACGUGCAGGAGGACGGCCAGCUGGUGUUUUCCCAGCUGGUCCGCUCCGACGAAGCCGUCUUCAUCUGCGUGGCCUCCAACAUAUUCGGCUCGGCCAACCACAGCUUCAGCCUGCGGGUCUCCGAGCCGGAGUCUGCCGACCCGCUGUUUCUGGAGGUGCCGGCCAACUCCACAGUGGCCGAGGGUGACACCGCCGUGCUCAGGUGCCGCGUGCAGAGCGUCUCCAAGGCGCACCUCAAGUGGGUGCGGCGACUGUCGGCCGGCGCCGCUCCCACCUUCAACCACACGCAGACGGUGACCAUCAAGGGGCGCCGGUACGCGGUCCUCUCCGGGGCGUCCAGCUCGCAGCAGGGCGACCGGUUCUCCAGUGAGCUGCGGCUGCCGGCCGUGUCCGCCGGCCAGCAGGGCGUCUACGUCUGUCUGGCCGCCAACGGACACGGCUACCUGGGCCGGGAGGCGCUCCUUCAGGUGACCUCAGCCCCUCCCAGCUCGGCGCCGGCGCUGCUGCUGGCGCUGCCGGCAGUCGCCGUGGUGGCGCUGGUCCUCGCCGCCGCCUGCUGCCUGCACCGGCGCCGACGGGCCGCGCCGCCGCCGGCCGCCGACCGCAAGAGGAGCCGGCGGCCGGCGGCGGCGGGCGCGCUGCCCUCGGGCGGGCGCACCGACCACGUGUCGCCGCGGCUCCCGGGAGACGGCCAGCGGGCGGUGCGCGCCGCGCUGCUGCCGCCGGCCGCACGGCUCGGCGCCGACGGCGCCAGCGUGUCGCACAAGCACGAGCCGGCGCCGACACUCGACUACCGGCAGCUCCGACACCUGGACGUCGUGUGAGAGCGGCCCGAGCCGGCGUGGGCGGCCCGAGCCAGUGGGAGCGGUCUGAGCCGGCGUGAGCGGCCCGAACCGGCGUGAGCGGCCCGAGCCAGUGGGAGCGGUCUGAGCCGGCGUGAGCGGCCCGAACCGGCGUGAGCGGCCCGAGCCAGUGGGAGCGGCCUGAGCCGGCGUGGGCGGCCCGAGCCAGUGGGAGCGGCCCGAGCCGGCGUGAGCGGCCCGAGCCAGUGCGCGCCGCCCGGUAACGGAGCACAACAGCAUAAAGUGCCUGAGCAGUUAGGCACAAACAGUAAUGUGCGACCGUGGAGCCGAGUGCCAGGACAAUAGUGUAGAUGCGCGACUGAAUAUCGGAACUGGUGCGUGACCGCACAACCAAGCGCCAAAACUAUGGACUGUGACGGCGCAGUCGAGUGCCAAAACAACAGUGCGACCCCCAGACCUAGGGUCAAACCUCUGAGCGUGGUAUGCGAGACGGAGCGUCGGAUACAGGGUACGGAUGCGCGGCGGAGCGUCGGCUACAGGGUGUGACGGCCGCUCAGGUCAGUAUCAGAACCACAGGGUAUGGAUUAUGGUCGGUAUGUCGAGCUGCAGCUUAGUGUCGGUGCCUGAAGGCAGCGAGUACCGGCGGGACGGGUCGGCGUCCGCCCGCCCUGUGAUCCAUGUCCCGUGGUCCCGAGACCCCUGACGGGUCGCCCGUGAUCCCAGGUACGGACGGAGGACACCGUCCGGUCGUCCCCGAGAGCAGCCCACCUAGUCAGAGCGGACCGGCGCGGCCACCCGCGGCGGUCUCACCGCAGCGCGGCUAGCGACUCGGCGUGUGCCAUAUUGUUCUACGUGAUGUGUGUCCACUGUCCAAUGUUCAUUGAGAGGCUCCUAGAGCACAUGUGUGUAUGUCUUCACAAAGUCGAAUGCUUAUCGUAACAGUUUUCAUUUAUAUCAUUCCUCUGAGAGCAGGGCAAUAUACACAACUUUAAAACAAGUUAGUUUGCUAGCUCAGCAUUCGAUAGUCAAAACAAACGCAAUCAAAACAAUACAUCGCCAACUCA